CAAAACCAAUCUUCCUACGUGUCAUCCCGACCGUCCCUAUCUCCUGCCCCUGCUCCGCCACGUGGACUGCGUCCUCCUCCGCUCUCCAAUUCAAAACCUGGUACACGGAGAAGCGGAAUCCAGAUCAACCAAACCCUAGGAAGAAGUUUGGUGUUUUCCAGUCUUCUGCAAUGGCAAAUGAGAGUUCGUUGCUUGAGGUUUCGAGUGAAGAGGACGAAAGGAUCGAGCUGAGCUUGGGCUUGUCGAUCGGCGGAAGCUUGAGGAAAUCUGAUAAGGCGAAGAACGAAGAGCAUAAAGCUGCGAAUUCUUGCGGGAAGAUUGAAUCGGAGGGUUCCAAUGUGGAUGGUUGUUGGAGGCCUGAGGGGCAGGGCGGAUCGGAGUAUUUGGAUCCGCAGAGGAAACGCGAGAUUCACGCGAUGAGACGGCAAGAGGCUAGGAGGAAGAGAGAGGGGAAGUUAAGGAAGGCCGUCAAUGGCGGUUUUGGGGAAGAUAAGAUGUGGAUGGAGGCGCAAAGGCUUCAGAUUAGGGUUAGGGACAGGGAGAUGAGAGAGAAAGAGGCUCGAAUUCAGGAACACGCGUGUAACAGAGACAAGAGCCAAGUAGCCGGCGGCAACAGUGCCGUUGUAAAUGAAGAGGUAAAAGAGGCCGCUCAUGGCUCGUCGCCGCCGGGGAUUCCGGUGGCGCCGCUGCAGUACCCGUAUCCGUCAUUGCAGUACGUGCAGUUGGGGAACGGGUUCGCGUACCCUUGCGUAAUGCCGUGUUGGGCUCCGGCUUUGGGGAGUGUUGGUAAUGAAAAGAACACUGAACAACCGGCGGCUUGCCGGAGUUUCCACACGUAUCAGGUGAGUCCAAGUUCUGGGAUUGUGUCUGAUUCCGAGCGUAACAGUGUCAGAGAUGGUGGCAAUCGGAACACGGUAUCAAAUAUGUCUCCAGUCUGCAGUUCUUCUGUGGUUUCCGACCACCGGAGCACCUCUCCACAAGGUGGCAGCAGCACUGAUACUGGAAGCCGAUCAAGUCACUGCAAACCAGAACGAAGCGAACAACUGGGACAGUCCGAGCAUAGUGUUUCCUCUAACCAGGUAGAGUCUUCUACCAAAACCAAUAAUGCUAAAGCCACAAACCAUGACGAGAAGCCAGUUUUGUCCAGCACCAUUCAAACCAGUCCAACAAAAGUUACCAAAGAAAUUAACUCAAAAACCCAACCUAACACAAUUAAGCUGCCCAUUACAUCUCAGAAUCCAAAAGCCAGUCCAACAGAGUCGGGCAGCCAGGGUUCAAGCAAGCCUCCAAAGCCUGAAACUCCUAGUCCCAAUACCCCUCCCUUCUCAAAGAUGCCCUGUGUUUCGACAACAGGGAACGGCCCCAAUGGAAAGACCAUUACCGGGUUCUUGUACAGAUAUACAAAAGCAGAGGUCAGCAUCAUUUGUGUCUGCCAUGGAAGCUCAUUCUCCCCGGCCGAGUUUGUGGAGCAUGCCGGAGGCAAAGACAUAGCAAAUCCUUUGAAGCACAUUACGGUGAUUCCUUCUGCUUUCGGAUGAUGACGCUAAACUUGCCGACAACAUUGAGUCCUUUCUUGUUCAGUCUUGUUUUGUACCUUCUAUGACCUCAAAGGUUGAGAAUGGUUCGGUUUCAGAUAUUUGUGAGUAGCGGCUGAUAUGUACACAUACAAUUGCGAAAUUGCCUCUACUGAUGGCGUUUCAUAGAGAGAAUUUCUGGCAACACAAUGUACAGUUUCUAGUUUAAUCUUUAA